AUGAAGAAACCCCUAGAUGAGGAUACAAGUUGGGAAUUGUUUUGUAAAAAGGCAUUCCAACAAGAAAAUUGCCCUUAUCCUCAACUUGAGAAAGUUGGAAAGGAGAUUGCUAGAUUGUGCAGUGGACUACCCUUGUCCACUGUUGUGAUUGGAGGCCUUCUUCUCAACUCAACUAGGUCUCUACAAUUCUGGGAGAAUGUUGUUAGAAAUAUAAAAUCAAGUCCUAUUGCAAAAGAAAAAGAAGAAAGCUUGGAUAUAUUAUCUUUAAGCUAUAAUCACUUGCCUCCUCAUCUAAAGCCAUGUUUUCUUUACAUGGGAGCUUUUAAGGAGGAUUCCGAGAUUCGUGUCUCCAAAAUUAUCAAACUCUGGAUUGCUGAGGGAUUUGUUAGACCAAAGGGUGCCCAGAUUUUAGAAGAGGUUGCGGAGGGUUACUUGAAGGAACUGAUUGAUAGAAACCUUUUGUCAAUUAGGAAUCAUCGUCAUAAUGGAAAAAUCAGAUCUUGUGGCGUUCAUGAUCUGGUGAGGGACCUCUGUUUGAAAGUAGUAUCGAAGCUUCCUAGUUCAGUAUCCAAUAUGUGGAAUAUGCAAUCUUUAAUUGUCAUAUUAUAUAGGUCAGCAAGGGUAGUUGUUGCACCAAUUGAAAUUUGGAAGAUGCGACAGCUUAGGCAUGUCAAGUGCUCUCAGAUUUAUGUCCCUGAUCCUCCUCCUCGGAGUAAUGGUUUGUUAAUGAUGGAUAACUUACAGACUCUUACAAGAGCAGUGAAUUUGAGGCUGUCUGAGAAAGUGUGUAAGAUAAUUCCAAACAUCAAGAAAUUGCAUAUAGAUUAUGAUACUAGCUUAAAGGGAUAUGAUGAUAGUUUGAUAGAGUGUCUAUGCAAUCUUGAUUGUUUGCAUAAACUUGAGUCCCUCAAGUUGAGCAUUAAAGUAGGUAGAUGGCCAACUCAGGAUCAAGAACUUCAUAAGAUGAUGAGAUUCCCCGUUUCGCUGAACAAGUUGUCGCUGAGAAGCUGUGCAAGGCCACAGCUGAACAAGAUACUGUGA